UAAAAGAAAUCAAAAGAUUCUAUGGAAAAGAAAUCAAAAGAUUCUCUUAAAAAUAAAUCAAAAAAAGGAUCAAAAGAUUCUCUUAAAAAAAAAUCAAAGACAUCAAAAAAAGCUUCAAAAGAAUCUUUAAAAAACUCUUCAAAACAAUCCAUAAUUCAUCAUUCUGAUCAAAUGGUAGAGUUGGUUCUAGCUGAUGGAAGACAUUUAUUUUUGAAUGAAUGUUGUUUUAAAGAUCCCGGUCAUCACCAUUCAAAAAAUUCUAACGAAACAAAUUGUUCAAAAAAAUCUGUUUCAAAAAGACUUUCUUCAGAUGAUGAUUUAGAAGAAAUUGAAACAAUAAAAUCACCCAAGAAAACCAUCCUAAAAAUGACAGACGUUGUUGGGACUCCCCGCGGAUCUUUCGCAACACCAACUCAAUCUGAAACAUUAUAUCUAAAUCGGAUUAACAAAAACAUUAAGGAUAAUCAAAAAUGUGUAAGAAAAGAUUUUGAAAAAGAAGAAGUAUUAAACGUGGAAAUAUUAAAUGAAAAAGUAUCAAAAGAAGAAAUAUUAAGAGAGCAUUUAUGUACUUGUAGUUCUGGGGCUCCAAUUAUAAUUAAAUCGGUUUGGAAAACUGGAAAACCAGGAUGUUGCCAAUGCGUAAAAGGAAAACAACAAAGUGAAGAUGGAUUGAAAAGAUGCGUUGAAUGUAAUAGUAUAGUCACCGAUCAACAAGGAUGUUCUUGUUGCCUUGGAAGAGCCAUCAAAGAACAAAGAAAAAAUGAAUUAUCAUUCGCCCCAAAUCUAAAAUUAACCCAACAAGAAUUUCAACAUCAAUUUAAACAGCAUCUUCAAAGACAAAUCGAUGAAUGCGCGUGUAACAAGAAAAAGAAAGAAAGAAAAUGAAUUAAUCAAACUUUACGAUUAGAAUCAUGUUUUCGAAAAAGAAAAAAUCGCAAGAACCCCUUUUUCACGGGGAAAUAAAAGAGUUAAAAAGUGGUUUGGAAAGGAUUUGCACCCAAGCGGAAUCUCAACACCCCACGUUCCUCAAAGCGAUGAAGGAAACGAGUCAGAUCGUCGGUGUCGACAUGAAACAUCAUCUCGCGCUAACAUUUCUUGGGGCCAAAACAGCGACGAACACGGUAAAUUCCCGAUCGAGAGCGAUGAUGAAGAGAUGUAAUUUAGCAACAAGUAGUGAAUCAAGUAUUGAGGAAGAUCUCUUUAAAAAGAAGGUUACGACUGCAAUUAUUGAGGAAAACGGAAAAUUAGUUGAGGUUACAACUGAAGAAGGGGUUGAAAUUGUGGGUAAUGAGUGUUGUGUGAGAAAUUCUGGUGGGUUAAAAGUGGUGUCAUCGACGUUGUGUUUUUUCCAAGAUGAUGAUGCGAGGAGUAUUGGGUAUGAUAUUGAUCACCCGCAUCCAAGCGAUUUGAUUGAGUAUAAACCCCACAUUUUUAGGAAACGAAGCCCGCGGUUGACGACGUCUAGUUCUGAUCAAGAUCAUCAAGUUGAAAUGAUGAAGGAAAAAUGUGAUCCAUCGAAAACUUCGGUCGAUAGUGAAUCUUUGCAUUAUGAUGAUAUUGAUGAUGAUACUCAACGAUUCAUGAAUUUAAUUAAUAAUUCUAGUUUCAAUUCUUUGUAUGAGGAAAAAAAGGGACACAAUCAGAAUGUAUUAGCUGCUCAAAUUGUGGGGAUUAAUCCUGGGAGGCCAAAAAGUACGAGGAAAGAACAUAGAAAAACCAAAUUUGAUAAUGACAGUCAAAAGGAGUGCUGUGAAGGGAACGAAAGGGAAUGUUGCAAAAGACAAGUAGUUAGGGUACAUAAAGUUACAAAAAGGGAAUUAACUCCAAAAGAAAUUGAGAGAUUUCGUGGAUUUGCUGGAUGUUCAGGGAAAAAUUCGCCGUGCUCUUCGAAGAAGUUUUGACACUGACAUUUCAUUUCUAUCUCAUCAAAAUUAACGAAAAAAUGUGCUGGUCUUGCAAAAAUAAGCAAAAAAACCAAAAAUCAUGUUGCGAAAAAACGUUUGAAGAGAACAAAUCUGAUAAAUGCGUCACCAAUAAUGGUUGCAACGUAAUUAACGCUGAUUGUCGAAGUAAUUACGAACAGAAUUGCUUUGAGAAUGAGAAUUAUUUACCGAAAAACCAUGAAGAGAAUAAAUGCGCUUCAAACGCGGGAUGUUCAGCUGAUAACGUUGAAUUUCGAAGGACUUAUAUCAGGAAGUGUCAUAGAGAGAUGUUGGAUGCUAUUGGGAGGGAACAAAAUGUGAUUGAGUCAAAAAA